GAAACAGGUAUGGGAAGCAAUCAUUCCCGCUAAAUGCAUGGAACCUAAUGCCACCUGUAAACGAGACUGCCUUUUGGUGAUUUUUCUUUCUUUCUUUUUUUUUUUUCACUGCGAUUUACAGUGAUCUCUGCACAUCGAUAGAGUGAAGUAAAAUGUAUAGGCUAUUGCAGUGGCCGUACGGUUGGGUGGGUUAAUCGCAGGUAUUACUAGUUGACCCUUUUGUUCCACUCGUGUUUGUCCUACUGAGGUGAAGCUGUAGGAAUAGGUGUAACUAUGGAAAGGUCAAUGCACCUUUUGUUGCUCGUCGCACAUCUGACAGGUGUAGCCACUGGACAGACUUCGGAAACGAUAGUGGGAACGCUUGGGGACAGUGUUUCUCUGCCAUGCCACGGCAUUCCAAGCAACGGAACUCGGUCUGUGGUGCGGUGGCUAAAGGAUGGAAAAAUUGCUGCAAGUCGGAAUCUUUCUUCAAUGGCUGGACCAACUGGGAAUGUGCACUUUUCCGUAUCAGACCAAGGAAGCCUGACUAUCAGUGGGUUGUUACUGUCGGACCAGGGAAUAUACUCCUGCAACGAUUCCGUGCCGAAUCACACUGCGGAGAAACAAACAGACAUUCAGCUGCUUAUUGCCAAUGGCCCUUCCAACAUGUGGACAGACAUAAAACCGACUGUGCUCCUUCCCAAUGGUGCACUGUUUGUCCAAAAGGGCUCUGACGUCUCAUUCAACUGCUCGAGCGAGUCAUAUCCGUCCCAAGCCCUGUCCUGGGUUUUUCAGGGUGACACGUCAAACAGCAGCCUGCUGUCGUCCAGUGACAGAUCCCCGCUGGAGAUCAGUUUGCUCAACAUCCAGCCCAACCACCAAGGAACUUACAGCUGCAUAUCCCAGAAUAUGCUUUCAAAUCGGACUGCCAGCAAGAGCACCUCCCUGCUUGUGUACUAUGCUCCUGACCGACACCCCGAGUGCUUCAGUCAUGCCAUAAACGACUCCUUACACCUUCUGCUGCACUGUAGCUGGUCUGGAAGCAACCCUUUACCCAUGCUGCACUGGGAGGAAGAGCCAGGUGCCCAUGGGACCAGACCACCUGUACUCAAUGUCUCCAUGACAACAGAAAGUUUGGAAGUGACACUAAAUAGGUCCCAGUUGUACAAUGGCCAAACCAUGCGAUGCAAAGCAUAUAACAAUAUGGUUAAGUCUGAAGCAAAGUUCUGCUCAAUAACUCUGCAGAGUCCUUUCCCUCAAGGGAACCCUCUGGUCACUGCGGUGGAAGGAAGUGACAUCACAUUAACAUGCACAGAGAACAGUUCACUCCCUCCCGCCAAAACUACGUGGCGAAGAAAGAUCAGCCAAGAAGAGGUCGUCCCAGGUGCCAAAUAUGUCAUCUCCGAGCUCGGGCCCACAUUCAGCCUCAAAAUCAUCAACCUCACCAAGGAGGACGAAGGCCCGUAUUUCUGUAGGAGUGAGAACCCCGUCCUGGUUCAAGAGCUGGAGGUCUUUCUUACUGUGAAGUCUUCUCAGACAUAUGCUGGAGGGGUUGUUGGUGCAUUCAUUGCUGCUUUAAUAAUUGGCAUUGGGAUUGCUGUUGGCACAUCAGCAUACCGUAACCGUGACAGAAUUUGCCUGGGUAAGGUUAUACUUAUUGCCUGUAUUAUUAUAAGUUCCUGACCAUUCAAGCUGGAUUUACUAGUCCGAGUACAUCUACAGAACAGUACUAUAUGUAUUGGUUUCCUGUUCAAAAAUGAUCCAGAUGUCCCAAUAACAUAACAUAAAUGCUUAAAUUGAAAAAAUCAAGGAUCAUUUUUGUUAUUAUGAUCUCCAUCUCAUGUAGCAUUAUAUGAUCAUGGUGCAAUUUUGCUCACCAGAAUAAACUGAGCAAUUUAUGAUCCCAUCUACAACUGUUUGUUAAGGUAAAUGCCAUGCUUUAUGUAACUGAUGUUUCAUUUCACCCAUGAUUAAUUCUGAUUUAUUUGUAUUGCAGGAAGUGGCUUUGGGUGAGUCUGUCAUUAAUACUACAAGCUAACCCCUACUGUACUCUGCAAAUUUCAAUUUCACUUACUUGGGGACUUGCAGAUCCUAUUCAAUAAAAUAUGACAUACUGUAGGUAAGUGUUUGAGGUACAGUAUGACAUCAGAUCAAUAGGAUAAAAACAGAUGAUUUUUGGAUUUUGCAUUGAAUACGGUAUAGUAAAUCCUGUAAAAUGGGCAGCCUGUAGUCUAGUGGCUAAGGUACCUGAUUGGGAAGUUGGUGGUUCAGUAGCCACAGUAAGAUCCACGCUGGGCCCUUGCAAGGUCCUUAACCCCUCAUUGCUCCAGGGGGUAUUGUCCUCUGCUUAAGCUCAACCUUAAAUCGCUUUGUGGAGCGGCACUGGCCCAGGAGGUAAGAGCAUUCUUGAAUUCUAAAAAUCAUUGUAAGCAGUCAAGGUUUUGACAACUCGUUCCAGGAGUGGAGAGGAGAGGAAUGAUGUGUUCCAUCUGGUGGACUCAGAUGAGGAGGAUAUCUUUGACGAACCACCCACCAGGAUUACCACUACAGCUAACGGACACAGCACGUCGCUCAUACAGAUUCACCGCAUUCCAUCCAGUGAUCAUGAAGAUCUAGCUAGCCCAGAACCUGAAGCAGAAGAAGAAACCGAGACACCACAAGAAGAACUUGUCACAUUUUAGGCUUUGGGCUAUUUUUUUAAUUUAAUUUGGUCAUUUUUAAAUCCGAAAAAAGAAUGUACAGUAAUGUUUACUCCCUAUAUAAAUGUGAGCUGAGUCUCAGUACUUGGCCUAUUAAUUUCACCCGUUAUGUAUUGUAAAGAUUGUUGUGGUGUGUCUUUUUAUUGAAGUGCACUAUUGUAAGGGUUUUUCAGGGUUAUUGUUGCUGUCUAAUCUUAGGAAAAUAUAUUUUAAAUAAAUGUGUGGCAACAGAAUUUUUACAUUUAUUGGAAAUGCAACUGUCUUUUUACAUUGCGUUUUUAAACACUAGACUCAUUGAAUUAAUGUAUUUUGCUAUUGUCUUAAAUGUUGAAACUAUUAAAAAUAUUUUUGUUAAAACCA